UAAAGAUAUUAAUAACUGUCCAGUUAGGCAAUUGAUUUAAAACGAGGAUUUUUCAGUUGGAAUCCCGAAAUAACAAUACCUUUAGAAAUUCGGAAGGUUAACUUGAACCUCGAGUCCUUUGCUCUUCUUCCUUUUGUUUAACGAAAUUUGAAAGACUUGUCAAACGCCUCGUUAUUUGGAAUCGCUCAGUGUGACCUUGAGGUUGCUGCACAGAUGCUUCAAUUUGCUUCUUGAUCAUAAUAUUAUUGGAUUGGACGAAUUUUUGUGUCAUUAACAGUCAUCAGUUGAAUUCUUCCAGUGUCCUACUCCAAUAAUGUCUGAAGUAAAUAAAGAAAAUAGAGCUGAAUAUAUACGGAGAAUACUUUUCUCACAACUUCCUGGAAGACGUAAUACUUUUGAUGGUGACUUGCUUCUUAGUGAAUAUGCUGAAUUGGUUGAUAACAUGAAGAAUGGGAUUAAUAAUUACGCUGAGGGAGCACUCAGGCUCGCUGAAGGCUGUAAAAAUGGUUUGUCAUGUUCUUUUCAUAUAUGCGUUUUCAGAGAGCAACCACUGGCGUAGCGCGAUGACAGUCGACAUGGCCUUAAAUGCACUUGAAGGAGUUACUGUCAAACAAUCCUGUCCCUUCCCAAAUCAAUCAUUACCUAGUGACUUUGAUGUUACUAAGUUUUGUAGCGUGUUAACUGAACUGUUCGAGGAAGAAGGUUAUUCUAACCAGGUUUACGAAUCAGUUAAAAACACAAAUGUACAUUUUUCUUCUGUUGGUCAAAAACGUUCUUCAGUAGAUUUCGAAAAACAUUAUUCUUCUCCUAAAAGACAUUUAGAAAAAUCAGAAAGUACCAGCUACUACAAAAAUUCCAGUAAUACCAACCAUAACACCGAAGUAACUGAAUCUGAGUCAACCCUUUUUCAAACAGCAGGAUCCUUGCUGGAACAAAAUCUAAAAUCGAAACAAAAUGAAAAUAAUAAUAGAACAUCUUUAAUGUAUGGCUCCUCUAAACGAUCUUUAGGAAGUCGGUAAGUUCGAAUAUCUAACGUUAUGUACAUUUUCGAGUAAAUAUUUUUCUAUCCGGGAUUUUCUCAUCACCUCACAACAAAAGUACAUUCUGUAUAACUGUGAAACAGGAUUAAUCCCAUAUCUAUUAUAGUUAUCCACUCUUCGUUUUGUAACUGCUAGUCGUAGAUGUUAAGUGAUAUGACGCAAAGCUAUUCGCUCUUUAUUCCCUCUUAGAUCUUGAGUUUUAAAAUUAUCUCAUACUUUUUAUCCUAAUGGUUUCUUCUUGGAUCAUGUCUAUGACCUAUAUUUUUUACUACUACCUGUUCUACUCUUAUUUUUCUUAAUAGUUGCAUCUCGCUUUCCUGAUAUGACAUGGCAACUUGAACCAAUGCACAUAUGUGGUAGGUUCUAUGUUUGCUUAUGACUGAAUAAAUAUCUAUUGGAAGCUUAACAUUUGUUGCUUACCGGAUCCACAUGAUUUAUUUUUUUAUGUUUUACACAAAUACUAAUUGCAAAGCUGACUUAUCCAUUACACCGUAAUCAGUCGAAGAAAUAAAUUUAGUUAAUUUAUCAUUAAAGUAAAAUGUGAUUAUGUAUUACUGACGUUUAUCUAAUAUAAAAUAGGUUGUCAUCUUUGGCUGAAUUUUAUAAAUAGUGUCAAAGUCUGAAGCUGAAUAAUUUGUAUCUACUACAUAUUUCAAAAUGUUACAUAAUUGAUCUGUACUGUCCUGUUCCAAGCUAUACUGAUAGAUGCUAUCAAACGAUAAGUUGUCAUAACUGACCAAUUCAAUAUGCAUACACCAGUUCACCUGCUUCUGUGGAGCUAGAUGUGUAGAUCGUUCGUCGAGUUCACUUCUCUAUCACAUCUGGGAAGCAUCCAUAGGUAUGGGCUAGCAAAGAAUGACAUAGGUAAAUCAUAAUUGUUUAUUAUUAGAUUUGUCGACGUUUGCUUAUGAUAAUAAAUCAGUAAUAUAUUUCAUAUUGUAGUCGAGGUGUUCGCGGUAACUUCGUCCCACCAUUUGAAAAAGAUUCAGAUUCUACAUCAAAACCAACAUCAAGCUACAUUGCAGAAAACAAAUCAGAGGCAUCUGUAUGUGAUGAACGACUGAAACAAUUUGACCAAAAGAUUGUAGAUAUGAUUAUGAGUGAGAUAAUGGAUUCCAAGAGUUCAAUUACAUGGGAUGAUAUUGCUGGACUUGAAUUUUCUAAGAAAACACUGCAGGAAAUUGUAAUACUUCCAAUGCUUAGACCCGACCUUUUCGUUGGGCUUCGUGGACCUCCAAAGGGCUUGCUUCUUUUUGGCCCUCCUGGGACGGGAAAAACUUUGAUCGGUAAAUGUAUUGCAUCACAAAGUAACUCGACAUUUUUCAGCAUCAGCGCUUCAUCUCUUACUUCAAAAUGGGUUGGUGAAGGUGAGAAAUUAGUGCGUGCAUUGUUCUCAAUUGCUCGGAUUCAUCAACCAUCUGUCAUUUUUAUUGAUGAAGUUGAUUCUCUACUUACCCAACGCUCUGAAACAGAACAUGAGUCAAGCAGACGGAUCAAAACCGAGUUCUUAGUACAGCUAGACGGAAUAACAACAAAUGACGAUGAACGCAUACUUUUCAUUGGAGCCACAAACAGACCUCAGGAACUUGACGAGGCCGCCCGACGGCGGUUUGUCAAGCGAUUGUAUAUCCCAUUACCUACUAGGAGUGCGCGAAAGGAAAUAGUACAAAGAUUACUGCGACAAAAUCAUCACACGCUAAAAGAGGACGACUUUUGGGACAUUGCCCAUCGUGCUGAUGGUUAUUCCGGAGCAGACAUGGCAAAUCUCUGUCGAGAAGCUGCAAUGGGACCUAUACGCUCUCUGACAAUAGAAGCAAUACAACAUAUAGCAUGCGACGAAGUUAGACCAGUCGAAUUAACUGACUUUCAUGCUGCUUUCAGACAAGUUAGAGCAAGUAAUUCGUCCAGUGAUCUGGAACAGUAUCUGAAAUGGAAUAGUCAAUAUGGAAGUUUCGAAGUUUAGACGAAUAAAAUAUGGACAAACAUGUCGGCUGAAACUUGUUCGAAGUUGAUCUGUUCAAACGUUGGUUUAUUUAUGUACAUGUUGACGAUUUUAAUAAAUUAUUGGAAUAAAUAAA